AUGUCCACAACAAUGUGCCAAGUGAUGGGCUUUGUUGUCUCAGCCCUGGGUUUUGCUGGCUGUAUUGCGGCCACAGGGAUGGACAUGUGGAGUACCCAGGACUUAUAUGACAACCCAGUGACGGCUGUAUUCCAGUAUCAAGGUCUUUGGAGGAGCUGUAUUACUCAGAGUUCGGGUCUAACAGAGUGCCGGCCUUAUUUCACAAUUCUUGGGCUUCCAGCAAUGUUCCAGGCUGUGAGAGCUCUGAUGAUUGUGGGUAUUGUCCUUGGUGCUUUUGGUCUCCUGGUGGCUCUUUUUUCCUUGAAGUGUCUACGAAUUGGCAACAUGGAGGACUCUGCAAAGGCAAACAUGUCUUUGACUGCUGGUGUCAUGAAUAUUGUAGCUGGCCUCUGUGCAAUCUGUGGGGUGUCCGUCUUUGCUAACAUGCUUGUCACAAACUUCUGGAUGUCAACUGCUAACAUGUAUCAGACAGGAAUGAUGCAGACACUUCAGACAAGAUAUACAUUUGGUUCUGCUCUCUUUGUGGGGUGGGUUGCUGGAGGCUUGGCCUUAAUUGGAGGCAUUAUGAUGUGCAUUGCCUGCAGGGGUCUGGUACCAGAGGAGACCCAUUAUAAGGCUGUAUCAUACAAGUCUGCUGGAUACAAAUCUGGAACUGGAUAUGAAACAAAGAAGGUCCCAGUAAUUGAAACAAAUACGAUCAAAAGUGAUGAAGGGAGACGCUCCUACCCUUCAAAAUAUGACUAUGUAUAGAAAUCAGACCUUUGUGCAUGUUAAGCUGUACUCACCAUGUAACCCUCUAAUUUUAGACCAAAGCUACAGCAAAAUACUAGCUAGAGACCAUCUCAGGUCUGUUCCUUAUUCCUUUGGUUUGAAUGGCUGGGAGGGUGCAGCAGCUAAACAGUGAGUCAGGAGUUCAAGAUAACAACCAAAAAAAGGACACACACUGGUGUAACUAUAACAAGAUGCUAGCCAGUGUAUGUAUGUAACUAACCUCCCCCAAAGCAUUACCUUCCCUCUUUCCAAAGCCUUCUCUUGUCCCAAUUCCCAGACUUUCCUUUCCUCUCUAGCUUGUUUCUUAGAAGCCUUAGGGCAAUCAGUUUCCUUUGGUGCUACUCUGGUAGCCCCAAAGACAGAUAAUCCUCUCUUCAGCUAGCUCUAUGCAACUUUGUCCUGCUUACUCAGAACAGCUGCCUUUGAUUCAGAUAUCAUUUGCACCCUUUUACACUGUUCUCCCAUGCUGAAAUCUGGUGUGUGAACUUGUAUUUUAUUCACUUUGCCUUUUGCUUUAUUUUAAUUAGCUAGUUAAUUCCCUUUUGGAAUUAAUAGACCAACAGAUCUAUGCUGUUUGUAAGCAAAA